CCCGCCGCAGAGUCCGGACAGCCGCCGGGGCCGUCCGCCCCCGCUCCCCGUCCGCAUCUCCGGGCUCGGCUGGCUGUUCCAAGCCAGACUAUAAGUUGAUAGAAUGAAAAAGUUUAAGAGAAGACUGUCCCUCACGCUUCGUGGCAGCCAGACCAUUGAUGAAUCGCUUUCUGAACUGGCUGAACAAAUGACUAUUGAAGAAAACAGUAGCAAGGAUAACGAGCCCAUUGUGAAGAAUGGGAGGCCUCCAGCGUCACACAGUAUGCACUCCUUCCUCCACCAGUACACGGGCUCUUUCAAGAAGCCCCCAUUGCGGAGACCACACAGUGUGAUAGGGGGAAGUCUUGGCUCCUUCAUGGCAAUGCCCAGAAAUGGAAGCAGACUUGAUAUCGUUCAUGAAAAUUUAAAAAUGGGAUCAGAUGGUGAAAGUGACCAAGCUUCAGGGACUUCAUCGGAUGAAGUCCAGUCUCCCACAGGUGUUUGUCUCAGAAACCGGAUACAUAGACGAAUCUCUAUGGAGGAUUUAAAUAAGCGUUUGUCCCUUCCUGCGGACAUUAGAAUCCCUGACGGUUAUUUAGAAAAGCUGCAGAUCAGUAGCCCUCCGUUUGACCAGCCGAUGAGCCGGCGCUCUCGUAGAGCUUCCUUGUCGGAGAUUGGAUUUGGGAAAAUGGAGACCUAUAUUAAAUUGGAAAAGCUCGGAGAGGGGACCUAUGCAACUGUAUAUAAAGGAAGAAGCAAAUUGACGGAGAACUUGGUAGCAUUAAAGGAAAUCCGCUUGGAGCAUGAAGAGGGAGCUCCAUGUACAGCCAUAAGAGAAGUUUCAUUAUUAAAGGAUCUAAAGCACGCCAACAUUGUUACAUUACAUGACAUCGUUCACACAGAGAAAUCCUUGACUCUAGUCUUUGAGUACUUGGACAAAGAUUUGAAACAGUACAUGGACGACUGUGGCAACAUCAUGAGUAUGCACAAUGUGAAGCUUUUUUUAUACCAGAUUCUUCGUGGUUUGGCCUACUGCCACAGGAGGAAGGUGCUUCAUCGAGACUUGAAACCGCAGAACCUCCUCAUUAAUGAGAAAGGAGAAUUAAAGCUAGCAGAUUUUGGCUUAGCAAGAGCCAAGUCAGUUCCCACAAAGACCUACUCAAAUGAAGUUGUCACGCUUUGGUACCGGCCACCUGACGUUCUCCUGGGCUCCUCAGAGUACUCGACACAGAUCGAUAUGUGGGGUGUUGGCUGCAUAUUUUUUGAAAUGGCAUCAGGAAGACCCCUUUUUCCAGGUUCUACAGUGGAGGAUGAGCUGCACCUAAUCUUCCGGCUGCUCGGAACACCAUCUCAAGAAACUUGGCCAGGUGUUUCUUCCAAUGAUGAGUUCAAGAACUACAACUUUCCUAAAUACAAACCACAGCCUCUAAUCAAUCAUGCACCCAGACUAGACUCUGAAGGAAUUGAACUGAUAACGAGAUUUCUUCAGUAUGAGUCAAAGAAAAGGAUUUCAGCAGAGGAAGCCAUGAAACAUGCAUACUUUCGGAGUCUGGGAACAAGAAUACAUGCUUUACCUGAAAGUGUCUCAAUAUUCAGUUUGAAAGAAAUUCAGUUGCAAAAGGACCCGGGUUUUCGAAAUUCUUCCUAUCCAGAGACAGGUGUGUUUGUAAUAAACCAUUUCACGUGUCGAUCUUGAAUUUCUGAAUGGAAACAAGCUUUUUGUUUAUAAAUUGGUUAGUAACUUUAUUAAUGUGAAACUCAGUGUCCUGUGCAUACCACAAUGGUAUACUUUUAGAACUGCACGUAACUCGCUUUUCUAUAUGACGUGGGCAGCUCAGUGUAUCUUCAGAGAAAAAAUCAGACUCAGUCAAGUCAGGGGCCCUGAAGGCUGCCAAUGACACAGAGACCUUUUCCAAGUGACCUGGCUCGAUUGUGGAACACUCCAUGCCCGGCACCCAGAGCGGACGAUGCACCUCCUGCUUCCCUAGUCUUCAGGUUCACCACUUGGAAGCUGUAGACUGACCCUGGGCCCAGACGGGUUCAUUAAAAAAGCCUGAGCCGGUCGCCCUGACCACGGAGUCUUAGCUUUUGCUGGCGGGAACGUGGAGUGACCUUGAGUCACCAAAUCUGUGGGGUAAACGCUGGACUCUGAACUGCCUCACCCAGUGACUUCAUAUUUUAGGCCACGGCAAGAACAGCAGACAGAGCAUGCUCCUUUAAGUUGGAUAGCUGGCCUUGGGAUCUCCGCUUCCCAGGGGAGUCUUUUUAUUUCCCACCUGCAGAUUGUGUUUUCAUGUUUGCUGUCACAGUGUGACAAUUUCUUGUACAGUUGGUUUUAAGGUCUCCUCUGCCAUUAGAGCCAGGCGGUUACAACUGUUGCUGUAACUGGAGCUGCAAUUUUUGUGCAGGACUGAGAAACACAGUGCAUUAUUUAUUGCGGAAUCAUUGCUGCUAAGUAACUACUGUCUGUCUAUUUAACACAACAGUCGAAUGCCUGAAGAAGUUGCAGUGGCUUUAUGAUAUGUGAAUGCAUCUGUUUCUCCUCACAAACUGUUGGACUGCUGCGGUUUUUGUUGGUUUGUUAUUUUUAUUAAACUGCAAUGUUUCCUGGAAUGUAAACUUAGCUUUGCUUAAUCGUAAAUAGGUGAACCAUUUAAUGCUCUAAGUUCAUGAGACCAUUUCUUAUUUAACAUUGGCAAUGUGGUAGUUCCGAGAUUUAUAAGCACAUUAUGUUUAGAAAAGCACGUGACACACAAGGUGAAUGCCUGCCUGCCUGCCCACCUGCCUGGAGGGAAAGCGGAGGAAGGCCAGGAGGCAGGAAGGAUUUCCUCUUAGAAGGCCGGGCCUUGAGCCAUGUGGAUUAUUUAUUUGUCACCUCUAGUUUAGCAAUGUUUGCAUGCUCCUGAACGACGGUAUACAGCACAUUGACCUUAUUUUAUGUUGUGUUUUGAUCCAUUGAGGACUAACUCACACAAAUCCGUUCAGACCCCCCCCCCCCCCCCCAUCCUGUUAUUCUUCUGAAAUAUUCUUCUUGUAUUUGGUGAGAAGCAGGAUGAUUUUCUUCAUUGGAGAACUGAGUUCAUUUCCUACUUUCCCCCUCCCUAUUCCCCGCCCUGAUAUUCACUUGGAAUCAGCUGGAAGCUGUGAUAGAUACGUGACAUGAGCCAUGGUCAACGAAGUACUCUUCCCAAAAUGAGAACUUGGAGGCUUUUAAAAAAGCAUCACCACCCUCUGUUUACCAGAGAUGACAGAUGCUACGGCCCUGCCUGUGCAUCUCAUCCAGUGUUAGAAUGCACCUGGCUGGGUGAUGGGAACAGUGUUUUUAAGCAUUUGUGUUCACCUUUAACAAUUAGUUGUGUAGUGCAUCUUACAGACUGUAAAUCUUUAUUGGGAUAUUUUGAAAUGGUCAUGUAAAUCUCUGGCUGGUAUAUCAUGAAAAUAGUCAUAGACAACUUAAAUUUUUUCCUGACAUUCACUGUAAAACAUUCAGGGGUCCUACCAUUUCUGUUCAGGAAAUCUUGUAGUUUAUUGUUAUUUAACAGUAUUAAGUGAAUUUUUGUAUAUUUCCUUUUAACUUUAUUUGUGAAUAAUGAUUGUGGCAUGUUUGGGGGGUGUUUUAUUAAUAGUUCAUGAUACUGGUAAAUUUAAUUAUUUUGGGUUGUGUUUUGUUUUUUUUUUUUUUUUUUUAAAUUUCUGGAAGAAACAGAUUCAUGUAUACUGGUGAAUAUUGGACCACUACUGCUUUCCAGCAUUUGUAAACUGGUUUUAGACCUAACAAACUGCUGUUAUUUCUAACUGACAAACACGUAUUAAUAUUGUACUUUUGAAAGUAUAAAUAUUAUGUGGAAUUC